UUCCCAAGGGAGGGAAUGGAGAAGUUAUAAAAGGAAGACCAUGAGGCCAUAUGCAUCUCAGGAAAGCAUUUGAUCUUGCUCUCUUUGUUGCUUCUUGUUGGUGUUGGUUUAUUCUGCGGGUAAAUAAUUUCCGAUCGCCAUGGCCGCCUUGGGAGGAGUUCGUGAUGCAAAGGAGAUCGAGAACAGUGUCGAGAUCGAAGAGCUCGCUCGCUUCGCUGUCGAAGAGUACGACAAGAAAGCGAAUGCUCUUCUUGAGUUUGUUCGAGUAGUGAAGGUGAAAGAGCAAGUUGUAGCUGGAAUUGUUUACUACAUAACUAUUGAGGUAAUUGAUGGAGGGAAGAAAAAGCUAUAUGAGGCUAAGGUCUGGGUCAAACCCUGGAUGAAGUUUAAGGAGCUUCAGGAGUUUAGUCCAUUAGGUGGCUGCUCUUCGGAGGGCGAAACUCCAAAAGAAGACUGAAAAUUCUGCCAAGUUUGAUCUGCUGCUUAAAGUUGAAAGAGGACAGAAUGUAGAGAAGUUCAUGGUGCAAGUAGAUGAGACUUUUGAAUCAGAUGAGGCAGCAGGAUUCAGACUCUGGUAUUUACUAAGGUAUACAUGUAUGAUGGAUUACCCAAUAAAAUGUUCUACAUUGGUCUGCAAGACCUAUCUAACUCCCCUGCCAUAAAAGGGGUGGAUGCUAUUAUUCUGUUUGUAAUUCAAGUGUUGUGAAUAUUAUUCUGUUUAUAAGACCUAAUUUGUGUUGCUUA